CACAAACAGCUAGCCUGCUGGCAAACAACAACAGAAGACCCCGUACAGCUAGCGUCAUAAUUUAACCAAACACAAAGGGGGCAAACUGCUUCCAUCUGGCGUGUACUGAUGCAGAUGGACGUCAGCACUGAACAUUGACAAGUGGAAGUGACGGAUCCCUUCUCCUCACCCUCUUGCCCCCGACACCUUCUGUCACGCUGGCAAUGUCAAGAGUCCCGAGUCCCCCUCCCCCUGCGGAAAUGUCCAGCGGGCCCGUGGCCGAGAGCUGGUGUUACACACAGAUCAAAGUGGUUAAGUUCUCUUACAUGUGGACCAUCAACAACUUCAGCUUCUGUCGUGAGGAGAUGGGCGAGGUCAUAAAGAGCUCCACCUUCUCUUCUGGGGCCAAUGACAAGCUGAAAUGGUGUUUGCGAGUGAAUCCUAAGGGCCUAGAUGAGGAGAGCAAAGACUACCUGUCUCUCUACCUGCUGCUGGUCAGCUGUCCGAAGGCAGAGGUGCGCGCCAAGUUCAAAUUCUCCAUCCUCAACGCCAAGGGAGAGGAGACCAAAGCCAUGGAAAGCCAGAGGGCUUAUCGCUUUGUCCAGGGGAAAGACUGGGGUUUUAAAAAGUUUAUCCGGAGAGACUUCCUCCUGGAUGAGGCUAACGGUCUUCUACCCGACGACAAGCUCACGCUGUUCUGUGAGGUGAGUGUGGUGCAGGACUCGGUUAACAUAUCUGGGCAGAACACCAUGAACAUGGUAAAGGUCCCUGACUGCCGGCUAGCAGACGAGCUGGGGGGCCUGUGGGAAAACUCCCGCUUCACAGACUGCUCCCUGUGUGUGGCUGGACAGGAGUUUCAGGCCCACAAAGCCAUCUUGGCAGCACGUUCCCCUGUAUUCAGCGCCAUGUUUGAACACGAGAUGGAGGAGAGCAAAAAGAACCGCGUGGAAAUCAACGACGUUGAGCCGGAGGUUUUCAAAGAGAUGAUGUGCUUCAUUUACACAGACAAGGCUCCCAACCUGGACAAGAUGGCUGAUGACUUGCUGGCAGCAGCUGACAAGUACGCUCUGGAGAGACUGAAGGUCAUGUGCGAGGACGCGCUGUGCACAAGUCUGUCUGUGGAAAACGCUGCUGAGAUCCUCAUCCUGGCCGACCUGCACAGCGCCGACCAGCUCAAAACACAGGCUGUCGACUUCAUCAACUACCAUGCUGCAGAGGUGAUGGAGACAGCCGGUUGGAAGUCCAUGGUGGCGUCUCAUCCGCAUCUGGUGGCUGAAGCUUACCGUUCCCUGGCUUCAGCCCAGUGCCCUUUCCUCGGACCCCCACGCAAGCGCCUCAAACAAUCCUAACAGCAAUUGGUCUCCACCCAUGCAUAUACACACACACACACACACACACACACACACACACACACACAAACAUACAUAUACAUAAAGAGACACACAGAUCCCCCCUCACACAGGGACAAACUCUCCCCUCGCUGUUACCUACUACACUACCUACAGCCUUCCCCAGAUCUCCCCUUCUGUCCCAUCCAAACCUGCUGUAUUUAGUCUCUUCUAAAGAUGGAGGGAAGAAGAAGGAGGAGGUGGAAGAGAGGGGCAGGUGGGCUUGUGAAGUGGAUGUUUGUUGUUUACAAAAAAAACCCCACAAACCCCUCCCCUUUUCUCCUCGGCUCUGGCUUAGUGAGGUCUGACAUUGUGCUCUUUUCCGUGUGUGAAAGCUAAAUCCCUCGACAUCCUGUUAGUUCCUACUUUGGAAUCCGUUUGGGAGGAAGGACAGGACACAACAACCCAAAAAAGAGCCAACUGUCUGGAAAUAUAGAGGCUGAAAGGACAAACGCAGACAAAUUAAGUCUUUAGCUGUCUAUUUUAUUGUAAGGCUCUGUUCUGCUCUGUUCUUAGUGUUUGGGGUAAGAGCAGUCAGAGAAACCCCCAAACUAAUGAACACACGGGCCUGUGAGGGACUACAGAAGAGGAAGAAGAGGGCCUGUUGGUUAAAAACUACAAGCCCCUUUCCCACCUGAGAAAGAUAACCAAGGGCUAGUCUAAAAAAGCAGAUAUGGGACAAAAUUAUCAUUUAUUCUCCCAAAAAAACUUGGGAAAACAUUGCACUAAAGUCACAGGUCACCCUUAGUCAACCCUUACCAGCAGUAAAGUAGAAAUACUGUAGGCAAGCACACACUCAAGCAAGCUUCUUGGACUAAUGACCCAGCUGGACCACCAAGAACAAGUACCCUUUAAGAAGAUUUAUCAACAAGUGUCAGAGACAACACAUGUACUCCCAGAACUCUGCUUCAUCUACGUACGUUUUAAUUUUUUAAAUAGCCAGGGGAAAAACUGUGUAGAAAGGACAGAAAAUAGCAACGCACAACUGGAUGUCAUUCUUGGGGAAAUUGUAUUUUGUGUGUGGAUCUGUCUUUGUAGCCCUUAAGAGAAGAUUCAGUCCAAGUUGUCGAUGGACAAACUAACCAGGACUCAACAAAUGGUUUCAGAAAACAUUAGGAUUCAAUCAGGCAAGUUAAUGAUAUUUUACGAUAUCAUAUCAUAUUUGUUUUUAUCAUAUUUUCCCUCAAAACUGUCUAUUUUUUUUCAUAGGAAUUUGUACAGACACUAGUGUUUUUGAAGCUUAGUAAACAAAAAGCAUUUUCAACAGUGAAAUUGAAAAAAAAAAAAAACACGGGGACAGAUGUUUUCUUUGCAGGCAUGAAGACUGAGGGGAAAUGAAACUGAAAUGAACACGUUUUAAUGUUCAAAAAUAGACAGAAUGUGAAAAAAUGCACACCAAGGCAAACCACAUGAAAUACAUUUGAAGUUAUCAUUUUAACCUGGUGGAAAAUGGUAAUUGAUAGAAGGAACCGUUGUUUCUUUCCUGUAGAUAUUGCUGGUUAUGAGAAGUGACACUUAGUUGUUGCCAUUUUUUGUUCCUAAAAGAUUAAACCACAACUAUUUUAUAUUGAA